AUGUCUUUCAAACAUGGAGAGAUGGCAAUCCAGGAGCUGGGCUCCCGGCAAUACAAGGAUCGUGAUGAUGAAGACAUGGCAAAGUUUGGCAGGAAGCAGCGUUUCGAGAGAAAUUUUGGCUUCCUGUCCAUGCUGGGCUUCACAACCACGAUGAUGUGUACUUGGGAGGCGGUUCUCACGGCUCCAACGUCAGCCGGUCAAUACCACUGGGUAUCCAUACUCGCCCCUAAAGGCCAAGCUGUCUUCCUCAGCUGGGUAACCGGAUGGUUGGACAUGAUCGGAUGGUGGGCCAACACUGCAUCGGGAGUGUAUUUCGCCGCCACCGUCCUGCAGGGUCUUCUGGUGCUGAACUAUGACGGGUAUGACUUUCAACGCUGGCAUGGCACACUGCUCAUGUUCGCGGCGUUGGUAAUCUGCCUUCUAGUCAACUCUUUUGGGGCACGGCUUCUCCCCAAGAUCGAAGGGCUGAUCCUCAUUCUCCAUACCGCCGGCUUCCUAGCCAUCCUGAUCCCUCUGGUCUAUCUGGCCCCGCAUAAGAACGCCGAAUUCGUCUUUGCGAACUUCACCAACACCUCGGGAUGGAAGAACUCUGGUCUUACCUGGCUGAUUGGGUUGAUGGGGACAAAUCUUCCUUUUAUUGGAUACGAUGGCCCCUGUCAUAUGUCAGAAGAAGUAGUCAACGCUUCCGUCAUAGUCCCCUGGUGCAUGAUCGCGACUAUCAUGCUAAACGGCACUCUGGGCUUCGCCAUGGUCCUAGCCUUCCUCUUCUGCGUAGGCGACCUGGACGCCGCCCUCGACAGCGCCACCGGAUACGACUUCAUCGAAGUCUUCUUCAAUGCGACAAAAUCCCACGCCGGAACAUCCGUAAUGAGUGCCAUCGUGAUCGCCCUGACAAUUUGCGCCUCGUUUGGAUUCCUUGCCUCCUCAUCGCGCCUUACCUGGGCAUUAGCCAAGGACAAGGGAAUUCCAUUCGCUGAUUUCCUGUCGCACAUAAGCACCAGGACCUCCGGCUCUGCCCUGCCCCUCCGCGCCAUCGCUUUCUGCGCCAUAAUAACAGCCAUCACCUGCCUCAUCAACAUCGGCUCCAGCGCAGCCUUCAACGCCAUGAUCUCUCUGACAACAGCGGGACUGUUCUCAUCAUACGAGAUUGCCAUCGUGCUGAUACUCAUCAAGAAGCUCAAGAACGAGCCGCUCCAAUACGGCCCGUGGAAGAUGGGUAGGCUGUGGGGAAUCCUGAUCAAUAUUGGGUCGAUCUGUUUCUUGACCAUUACUAUUUUCUUCUCAUUCUUUCCCGAGGAGUUGCCUGUUACGCCGACAAAUAUGAAUUGGUCGGUUGUGGUGUUUAUGGGCGAAUUCCUGCUCGGGUUGGGGUGGUAUUUGGUUAGGGGGAGGAAGAUCUAUCAUGGGCCGGUCAUGGAUGUUCCGGUUGCUGUUGGAGAAGGAGGAGUGGUGGGCGGCGAUGGCGGGGAUGACGAGUAG